AUGGUCCGCUUUACCUCAUUGACAACUUUGGCUUUAGUGCCUCUUGCUCAAGCACGAUUCGACUGGCUGUAUGCACGAGACACAAUUGCGCAAUGUCCUCCGUGCACCAUGGAAGGCGAGCAGCAAGAGUGUUCUCACACAGUAACCGUCACCAAGCCAGCUGGAUUAUACGAGACCGUCACUGUGUCGGACCCCAAGGGCUCUUACCACACCGUCACAGUUACAGAGCAUGGCGAACCUGGGAAGACUGUCACUGUCACCCAGAACUACCAGAAGCCUGAGACCAAGGUCGUGUACGUUAGCCAGGGUGAGUCUCUUGAUCCUCCCAAGCAGACUGUUACCGUCACUGCACCUGGCAAGGUUGUCACCGUCACCGAGACAGAGACCAAUGAACGCAUCGUCACCAAGCAAGUAAACGUGUAUCCUGGCCCUGGAAACUCGGAAGGCAACGGAUACCAACCCGGACCCAAGACCGUCACAAUCAGCAACGGAUACCCCGCUCCCAGUGCUGGCUCUCCUGUUUACAAUGGAGGCGACGGCGAUAACGCCAAGUACCCCGAUGCUGCCCACACUGUUACGGUUAUCGAUGAUGGAAAGGUCAAGUCUUUGACCUACACGGAUGGAGACUACAACACCGUUGUCAAGACUAUGACUCUGGAAGACGGAAAGAAGAUCAUCAAGACGGUCACUGCCGAAAACACAAACAACUACGUCGUCACCAAGACCGUACACGAAGGCGACAAGGACUACACCGUCAUUGUCAAGCCGGAACCAACCGUCGGCACUAUCACCAAGGACAACGGCGACUACGAGACCACCAUUGUUGAAGCUCCUCGCACCUAUACCUUGACAGCUCCUAUUCGCCAUGGAUCCGCUAGCCCAACAGACGAAGACUGCGAGACUUCCACUAGGACUGCAACCUACACAGGCCAGCCCGAAGUCGAAAUUAUCGUUUACGAUCCUGAGACCGGCGAUUCCACCUGCACCAAGGAAGACGGCCAACCCUGCCGCCUUGGCUACGACAACGACAAGACCGGUUAUGACAACAAGGGACCUGACAAUUCCGGAUACCCAGGUUCUGGUGAGGAUGGCAAGGACUAUCAGGACGACAACAGCAAGGGUCAGGAUGGCAGCAAUGGCUACAACUCUAACGUCCCUGUCUACACCAAGGUCCUCACCUAUGGUAAUGGCAAUACCUACACUGAGGUUUAUGGUGCUGAUCCCACUGGAUGCGAUUCCUUUGUUUUCACCAGCAUAGCGACCGUCUACAACACCGUGGUUGUGACUGUUGAGCCUUCAAGUACCGCAGUUGCCAAGAAGGCUCGCUCACCUCUUUCUGUUCGGUGGUGA